CAUCCCGUGCAAACUUUGUAGUGGACCUUGCAAAUUCUUCUGCAUUGGCAUGGAACAAAAAGAUAGCAACCAUCUGUACUGAUGACUUUGUGAACUCAGAUUGGUAUCAGUGCAAGGACAAGACGGAAAUCAAGAAAUGGUUCCAAACACAUAUGGAUUAUAUAAUCACGCUCUAUGGUAACACGAUGAAGGACACAAAGUCGAACAUGACCAUUGCUGCGUGCCUCAGUAAAGCCACGUGUCGUCAUCAGAAACUCCAACUUUUUUACCACCACUUGAGGACUUGCAAGAGUCACCCAGACCUCAGAUGACAUGUCCAAGUGCUCAGGAACUUAGAAGUGGAUAGUAUGAGUUCGGAUGAAUCUACUGUCGAAGAUGAUGAGCGUGUUUACAUCAUGUUAAAGAAACCAUGGAGGUCUGCUGCAGUUAUGCUGUGGCUUCGU